AUGGCCUCCUAUCACCGAGUUCUGGGCGUCUUCGGCAAGUCCGUCAAGGACAAAACGCUGGAGUGCGAUUGCGAUAUUCAUCCAUGGGAAAUCAAAAUCAACGGUGAACAAUGGCCAGGAAAGAUCCGCCUCAUCGGGUUUGUGGAUGUGUUCUUCCUUUUCUCCUACUCGGCCAACGCACGCUUCGAGAAGGGAGUCAUUGUCUAUAAGGAAAGAUACGACCUUGAAAAGCUCCUUCAGCAGAGGGAUGAAGCACGUGCGGAGGCUGGAGAGAAGAUUGUCGAGGGAGAUCUCGAGAAUGCUAGCAGAGAGUUUCUCUAUAGUUCUUCUGCUCCAGAAACUCCUUCGUCGAGCUUUCCAGGCCAGGUGAGAGACAUUAAGACUGAGGUGGUCGAACUCAGUCCUGAGGCGUCGGGCUCGUCUUCUCCGUUGGAGAGCAAACAAGGCAUGUUCUCCACAAACCAAUCCAUGGAGAAUAAAAACCGUCUGGACCGUCUAGAGUUUGAAAACACGACAUUGUACAAAGUACGCAGCUUGGGCUACGAAGUGGGUCUCAAAAACCGAUAUCCAGUCUCCUCCAUUCAGGAAUGGGUCAUCGAAAUCAACAAGCCCUACCAUCGGGCGCUGAGACGACGCAUUAAGCGGGCCAUUAAAGAACACACGACCACUGAGCUCUUAGAAGAUGUGGUUAGAUGUGGGUUUAUUUCACAUGGUCAAAUGGCCGGCCACGUUCUGUCCAAGUACCUCGUUGGGGGAGUUUUGGAUGAUACUCUGACGAAGUAUAUCGAGGGAUUGGCGGUGGGAAAUGGGGCAGGAAGGGUGCCACUAGCUAACCAGGGGUAUUGA